AUGGCUACAAUUUCUCACUACACUCUUCAUCCUCUAUCUUCUUCUUCUUCAACAUUGAUUCAUCUUUCACCAUGUUCUUCUACAUCUUCUCUAACUCUUCCCCAAUCUUCAUCUUCAUCCAAAUUCUUCUUCCCAUCUUCAAAAUUCAGACGGAAACCAACCAAACUCAAACACUUCAUGAUCAUUGACCCAAUUUUGCUGUUUAACGGCUUCGGUAGCGCUUUCUAUUUCGAUACUCAGACACUUCUUGCUACUGUUAGUGUUCUGGCCGCCAUUGCUCUUUCUCUCUUCCUUGGCCUCAAGGGUGAUCCGGUGUCCUGUGAGCGAUGUGGUGGAAACGGUGGAACAAAAUGUGUUUUUUGCAACGACGGCAAGAUGAAGCAAGAGACGGGGUUGGUUGACUGCAAAGUAUGCAAGGGUUCAGGUUUGAUAUUCUGCAAGAAAUGCGCAGGUUCUGGCUAUUCCAGAAGGUUAUGA